UCGUGAAAAGAACGUAACUCGGAUCGAAUCGCGAGUAGAAAACGAAAGAACAGGACGAAACAAGGGGACGGUCCGGCGUAGCCGGUGUCGCGUACAACGAUCAAGUGGUCGCGUUCCGUCGAAUUAGUUUUCGCGUCGCAAAGGUGCGAAUUCCGUGUGGGACGUCCAGUGGGUUACGGUGACCGAGUCGUUCUGUCAUCUGUUUCGAAGAAGAGAGAGAGAGAGAGCUCGUCCGAUCCGUGUGGUCAGAGGAGUGUAUAUAAUACGCGGCAUGGGGCGACAGUGUGGUUGGUCCUUCACCAACGGCGGAACCUGAAUGUGUGCAUAUUUCUCCUGGCUGACUGGCCUGCCUGCCGCCGUUAAGCUGCAUUCACAAACGGAGCCGAUUUUCGGGCAGGGACCGUGUCUCGGUCGUUCUUGUCGGGAACACGAAUCGAACCGGUUAAUGAGGACUGUUCGGCUUGGAUCGUCCAAUCGGCUAGCAGCGAGACUGGACGAGCAUAAUCGGAUGAAGUUGGGCCAAGCAUGCCCUCUAAGAAGCAAUACAAUCUCGUGCAUAAUGACGAGUACGACACGAGGAUACCGCUGCACAGCGAGGAGGCAUUUCACCGUGGAAUUGUCUUCCACGCCAAGUUCAUCGGCUCUAUGGAGGUUCCUCGACCGACCAGCCGAGUGGAGAUCGUGGCGGCGAUGCGAAGAAUCCGCUACGAGUUCAAGGCCAAAGGGAUCAAAAAGAAGAAAGUGACGCUAGAGGUAUCGGUGGACGGCCUGAAAGUCACUCUUCGAAAGAAGAAGAAGAAGCAGCAACAGUGGAUGGAUGAAAAUAAGAUAUACCUGAUGCAUCAUCCCAUAUACAGGAUAUUUUACGUCUCCCACGAUAGCCACGAUUUAAAAAUUUUUAGCUACAUUGCUCGCGACGGAAGCAGCAACACCUUCAAGUGUAAUGUCUUCAAAUCUAGCAAAAAGAGUCAAGCGAUGAGGGUGGUCAGGACGGUAGGACAAGCUUUCGAGGUGUGCCAUAAAUUAAGUAUAAACAACGCCACGGAAGACAGAGUGGAGAAAGAAAGGGAGAGGGAUCACGGGGAGAACCACCGCGACGUUUACGAGGACCAAGACGAAAUACCGAAUGAGCAGUCCCAGCCAUCGCCAUCUUCUGUACACAAAGAUAUAUCGCUGUUAGGUGACCCGGAUGACUCUGUGCCCGAAAAGACUGUCGUCCCGUGUCUUCUCAGGUCGCACGAGGUCCCAGCGACCACAGCGUCUACCUCGCCGAUCAGACAAUCGCCAUCGGGCACGGUGACCUCCGAUUGCGGAGGAUUACUGGUAGGAGGCGAAUUGACGGCUCUCAAGCAUGAGAUUCAACUGUUGCGGGAACGAUUGGAGCAACAGAGCCAACAAACCAGAGCCGCCGUUGCUCACGCGCGAUUGCUUCAGGAUCAACUUGCUGCCGAAACGGCAGCUCGCGUCGAAGCUCAAGCCAGGACGCAUCAGUUGCUGGUGCAAAACAAAGAGCUGCUGGAGCACAUAGGCACGCUGGUCAGCCAUCUUCGGGAGCAAGAACGGAUCUCGAGCGGCCAUGUUGUGACCUCUCAGUCGCAGAUGCCUAGCUCAGCAACGAUCCAGCAAACGACUACCAUUCCUGACUUGUCGAACCUCGGCCAGUGCCAACGGACAGGAGGUCAGAGUUCACCAUGGGAACUGGAUCCACCUUCUCCGUACUGCUCUUACCCACCGGACUCUCUGUACCCUGGAAACCUGAACGCAAUAGGAAUUCAAGGGAACAGUAAUUCGACGGAUCAGUUGCAGUUUCAAACGCAGUUGUUGGAAAGACUGCACAAUAUAAGUCCGUAUCAGCCCCAAAGGUCACCGUACAAUACACCAUCCCCGUACGCGAUGGGUCCAAGUCUCCUUCUGCCUCCUAGCAGCAGACCUUCUAACUCGGCUCAACUGUCUCCAAGUUCCCUGUCGCUACGAGUCUCCCAACCGAACAGCUUCUCGUCCUCCCCGAUAAUGACUCACAAGUCGGACAAUUACGGCGUGAACCUAGAGAUCACGGACUCGAAGAUACCGUUCAUAAGACCGUUGCCGUAUUCCGGCGAUAGGAACGCGGUUCACUUGGCCCAGGAGCUAUUGGGUAAGCAGGAUCGAAUCAAUCUGCACGACGAAAUACCACCGAUCGUGCUGGAUCCCCCGCCCCAGGGUAAACGGUCCGAGGCCAAGGUGAAACAGGUGUCGGUCAAAGAGAACUCGAACAGCCAAACGGCGUCGACCAACAACAAGAGUUCCAAGAUACAAAAGAACCUGGCGACGAUCCUGAGGACACCGGGACCGCCGCCAUCGCGCACCACCAGCGCACGUUUGCCAUCCAGAAGUGAUCUGUUGUCCGAAGUGCAAAGGACUACCUGGGCGCGUCACACGACAAAGUGAAGAAUUUCCUUCGCAAAGUAACCAUUAAAAGAUUCACUAAACGUCUUCGACAUAUCAUCGGGUAGAACAGUUUUGUUCCUAGAAACUAAUCUUCCUGCAAAACUUUUUACAAUUUUAGAAAUGAAUUUUCCUCUGGACCAAUGUAAAAUUUUCGAUCAGAACUGGCAUACAAUAUUAAGUAAUGCACAGUCAAUUUUGUUUUGCACCUUGCAUCGAUAUCCACCAAACAAACGACCUAUCCUAAUAAGUUCUACCUGACUAGGCGUGCUAUUAGGGAUUAGGACUUCGUAUAGGAACUGGAAUGUUAGUUUUUUGACGUAGCAGGAGGACAUAUUAGUAUCAAAUUUGCUCGAACAAAAGCGUGGCUUCCAUUAGUGCACGUGAUACCUUGAUUUCUGUUGCGCACCAUUUAUAACAAAUGUACAUAGUGAAUUCUUUGAACAGGGGUGAAACUUAGUUUUAGAUUAAAUCUAAAAAUCUUUGCUCGUUAUUCGUGAAUAAUAUUUACCCGACUCUGUACGGUUAUAGUUAAUUCUUUGGAACCAAUAGAUCGAUGAAAGAUAGCAAUAAAACCACGCGUAGAAUUGGAAAAUAAUAAUUAACGAUAAUAGUACGAUACGAAUUUAGUUUUCCCCUUAGAUCGUUGAACUCGUGCCAAAAAAAGUAGGUACCCCUCGGAAGAGUUUAUUUUCAAUAAGUCCCUAAGCGAGUAAAUAUGUUUGUGAUCAGCAUGUGGUAAAUGAGUGUACAUAAAAUGGCAUUCUUGUAUAUACUACUAAACUUUAAUCGGUUUAUAAAAGGUGCAGAUUUAGGACGAUAAAGUACAUGUGAACUUCGUGGAGCACGUCGUUAUUAUGACCGUAGGAAGACAGUGUAUUAAAAAAAGAAUAUACUUUUUUAUCGUAUGUAAUUUCAAUAUAGUAAUCGUAGAUUCAAAGGGUACAAUCGUUUUUAGCGAACAUGGUUUCCAAACGGAAAAGACAGAUUGCAUUUGGAAAUUGUUUGCGUCGAAUCUCGUAAUGCUUUAACGUUGAAAUUAUAAUUAAGGAAACGUAUGAAAUACAUAAAUAAAAUUCUAAAACGGAACAAACCGAAUGAUUAGUUCGUAAGCGAGAUAUUAAUUGGACGCGUGAACGUCCAUUUAAUAAUCAC